UAGUUUGGGCAUAGAGAGUAAGGACAGGGAGUUCCCAUCACAGACUGCCAGUUCAUAGGUUGCCGUUCUUCUACGUGGGUGCAUUUGUUUUUGCCUAUGACCUACAGCUGCUCUAAAUUCUUAAUAAGAGUGUCUCGAAGUCAGACAGACAUCACAGUCUCCAUCGAAAACAACUUGACCCAAGAAAUUGGUGUACAACAUAUUGUUCAGUAACUUGUUGAAUUUGCAAGUAUGUUCCCGAAACAUACUGUUGCGGGAUCGGUCGCCAUUCCGGACGAGAAAGCACACAAAGGCACGACGUCAUUGGAUCAGAAACACACCAUGGUGAUCAUGGUAGACAACACACAGGUUGCUGUUGAGAACGAUAGACAAUGGCGAGUCAAACGAGCGGCUAUUUGCGCAUGCGUCUUCCUUCUGACGGUUCUGAUCUUGGUCGCUGGUGCCCUUGGAGCCAUCGCUAUCGUGUCAGCAUACAACGAUACACCGAUGUGGACCAGCGAGUCGGAGCCAUCCGAUCACAAGUCUGUAGUGGGCAACCUUUUCCCAACCCAUCUCCCUAAACCAACGAAACGAACCAAACUCGGUGACACCGGGCUGUGGCUAACCGUGACCCCUGACCUUUCUGACGUUGAUGACGUCACGGCCGUCCACGAAUCAGCCCAACCCACGCCCUCAAGCGACAGCUUUUCCUACCCAGAUUCCUCGUCCUCGUCAGACCCUUCCUCGUCGGAAGGUAAUGACUAUUACCAGGGUUUGAGGAAUUGGGUCAGCUCGUCCUUCCCUUACGGUGGGUACUACAUGCGCGGAGGUGUCGGCGAUCCACCUGGGGAAGAGGAGAGCGAUACCAGUCUCCAAUCUGAGGCAUCAGGAGACGGCUCUGAGUUAUCGGGAGAGGGCGCCCUUUCGGAUCAAGAGUAUGGAGACGAGUCGGAUGUAGCUAAUAAUGAUUGGAUCCCCAGCAGUGAUGACGGGGUCUACAAAGACCAUUCCAGUAGUUACCCGGGCGAUAUGCAGUCAUGGUCUUACUAGGUGUCUUACAUCUGGGCGUGUAAAGACAGGGUGCUCCGCAAAGACAUUUUGUGUACAAAAUCUACGACACUGGACCAUUUGGUAAUAAUUGUCAAAGACCGGUAUUCCCACUUAGUGUAUC